AUGCGCCAACUCGAGGACUUGGAUGACCCGCUGCUCCUGCACUGCUUCAGCUUCUUGACUCCGCUUCCAGACCUGUUCAAUGUCGCCGCAAGCUGCCGGCGCUUCCGGGACCUGGCACUCGACCGCCGCUCCUGGCUGUUUGUGACGCACGCGGCGGCGGCCGCCGCGGCCGCGCCCCGCCGCGCCGAGCGCGCCCCGGCGCCGGCGCUGCCGCCGUGGGCCGCCUCCAACGCCUCCCUGGGCAGCCCAGCAGCAGCAGCGGAAGCAGCAGCAGCAGCCGCAGCAGCAGCAGGCGACGGUACGCCGCACUGGUACCGCAGCCAGUUUGCCACGCUGGACGCGGCGGUGGCGGCCAGCCGCCCGGGAGACACCAUCCUUCUCGAGGCUGGACCAGCGCCGCACGCCGUCUCCGCGCCGCUGGCCGUGCCGCACCCUGUGCUCAUUCUGGGCGGUGGGGUAGAGGCAGGGGAGUGUGUGCUGCAAGGGUCACCCGGCCUGGAUGCUCUCCUGGACUUCAGGCAAGCCGGCCCCUGGCAGCGCGCCGCCGCGCCUGGCGCCAACCUGCGUGCCUGCGCUCAGGCGGGACGAGCCUCUGGCAGGCUGGCCAACCUGACGCUGCGGGCCACCUCGGGCGCCUGCGUGGCGCACACCCGCGGCAGGCUGACCGUGCAGGGCUGCAACCUUGAGUGCGACGCGCGGGGGCUGCCCCACUUGGUAGCCCCUCUGCUCACCCGUGCCGCCAGCUGGCCUCGCAUUCCGCCCACGCCCGCCGUUGGCGCCGCCGCCGCCCUGCCGCACCCCGCCGCGCCCGGCCCCGCUUUGGCAGCAGCGACCGGCGCCGCCGCGCAGCGAGGCGCCAGUAAGCGCGCCGCGGCCGGCGACGGCGACUGCGCGACGGGCACGGGCGGCGGCGCCGCUGCGGAGGAGCCGCCCGCCGCCAAGCGGCUGCGGGCGUGGCGCGACACGGCGUCGGCGGCGGCGGGCCCGGGCGUGCUGAGCGUAGCAGAGAGCCGCAUCAAGGCCGUCGGUUGCGCUGUGGAGCUGCGCGGCAGCGGGCGGCUGUCUGCGGUGCGAGCCAUCUACAACAGCAGCCACACCCUGAUCUGGCUGGAGGUCGACUCAGCCGACUUUCCACCCGACUUCCCAGCUGGCGGCCGCCACGUCAGCGCCGCCAGCCGCGCGCCGGCGGCCAACGCCGGCGACGCCCCGGCCAGCGACGCGGCUGCGGCUGCGGCCGGCAGCAGCAGCGGCGGCGGUGGUGGUGGUGGGCUUGGAGCCGCAGGCUGGGCUCCAGGCCCUGCUGCCCACCCGGCCACGCCGCUGCCGUCGUGGGCAGUGCGCGCCGCGGCGGCGGGGUUUGAUGCAGCCGCCUUCCAGCGCCGGGCGCAGCGGCUGGCGGCGGCGGCCGCGGCUCCUGCCGCCGACGCCCAGCCGCGGCGGGGAGCUGCCGGGGAGCAGCCGGCGGGGGCGGCAGGCAUGGAGCUAAAGGCAGAGGAGUGGUGUGUGCGGCACCACGCCGCCAUGAGCCCGCCACCCAAACCCUGA